AUGCCCACAGACACGACAACCUCAGAAGACCUCGAUAUAACAGUUCAUCACUUCACCCGCGAACAUGCGGAGGAGCGGUCACUUUCCGACCAGGUUCUUCUCGACAAUGCCGCGGCGCUGGUAACAUGCCUGCGCAACGACGCGGUGUGGCACACGCCGCGGGUGAUAGACUUCUCCGUUUUCUCGCUCACUGGGAAGGGCGUUCAGUACGCCGUGGAGCCGCCGCCCAUAUACGAAAGAGGAUCCGGACUCAAGCUCGGAUGCACCAGAGCAAGAGAGAGGGAGUGGGGAGAACCGGUACACCCGGACGAGGACAACGCGGUAUCGGAACUGGACGAAUUCUACCAUGGGCUCCUUCGUGGCUUACUCGCAGCAGCUGCACGCGCAGUGCCAGAGCCUCCAGCCACAGCCACCAUUGAGACACCACCUGACGUUCUGACGACACAGGACGACCAAGUACGGGCACGACCAGAUAAACGCAAAACGUACAGCGAGAGAUCCGUCUCGCAAGUCUCAGCGAAACGGCCCCGUUUCGACGAGGGCUCCUUGUUCGACGCACUGCCGCUUCCACAUUUCGAAGCUUGCCUCAUGACGUUCGAGAACCCAUGGCCACCCGUCCAACAGGCCGAGUUCUACCCCUCCACGCCGACACCCAUCGCCCCUCACACGCAGGCGACGAUAGACGAGCAUAUAGCCGACGAGUUCGCCCGGCUCGCGUGGGUCAUCCCAGUUCGCGGCUAUCUUCCAUGGGAGGGCGCUACCCCAGCAUCUAUGCUCGCCGACUAUCCGGACGACGGUGCGCCUGAUCCGCAGGUACCCAAACCCGAAGCAGCGUAUCAGAAUCCAGACUCCCCCUCGAUCGUGUGGACGCGCGACGCGCUGCGCGCGUUCUGGCAGUUCCUGCAGGAGCUGCGGGAUGCAGACAACCUGGGCCCGCUCGGCCUCGCGUUCUACCAUCUUCCCGUGCCGCACAGUGCACCGUCCUCCAUGGAUCCCGCAGCGCACCUCGGAUCGCACAAGGUGGACUCGACGUCGUGGCUGGGCUCCCCGUCGAUGCCGGACGACGGUGCCUCUGAGGCGUUGGAGGCGCCCCGCUCUACGCUGUGCCAGAUGGACUACGUCAAGGUCUACCAUGACGCGCGCUAUACGAAGUUUCUGCGGAAGGUGUUCAAUGCGUGGGCGUAUAGGAGGCCGGGGGUUAAAGUCCGGAUGUUGAAGGGGGCUACGCUGGCUUUGUUGGACGAGUGCGAGAAGGGCCUCCUCCUUUGCUGAUCUAGGAUCGCCAUCUACCUUAUACAUGUCCCGUAAUGCUUAGUUUCCUCGAUCGCCAUACUUACGCUACUAGAUGCUUAAUGACUAUUCC